CUAGCAUGGGUUACAAGUCUACAACCAUUGUUCUACCAUGAAGCCGAACUCCGGCGAGACCGCGGCGGAGAGAGUCUCCGGCACGGCGGAAGAUGACGAAAGCCGCAACCGGAGAACGGUGAAAACGGUGUACAAGGCACUGCGCGACGGCGAGACGGAGGACGUUGCGAAGGUGGUGAGGGCGGAGUUGGAGUGGUGGUACCACGGGCCUCCUGAGUGCCACCACAUGAUGAGAGCGUUGACCGGGGAGUCAACGGAUAAGGGUUUCAAGUUUAGGCCUCGGAGGAUCAGGGCCGUUGGUGAGCGCGUGAUGGUUGAAGGGUGGGAGGGGGCGAGGGAGUACUGGGUGCACGUGUGGAGGCUCAAGCAGGGGAUUGUGGCUCAGUUGCGUGAGUACUUCAACACGUCGCUCACUGUGGUGCUUCGGGUUUCGGAGGAUGGGGACGAGGCUCGGGUUUGGAGGAGCAACCCUAAGGUUCGGGCUCGUCGCUCGUUACCGGAGCUUGUGCUUUCCAUUUGAAUAAUGUGUGUGUGUUAUAUUAAUUAUCAUGCAACAUGCAACAACCUUGGAUCUUCAUCAUGGAUGUUAAUUGGUUUUUCUUUUUAAUCAAAGUAUUUGGCUUCUUUAAGGGAUUCUUGAGA